AAUGAAGACAGAUUUUGGAAAUCGGUAUGUGUAUUCGUGCAUUAAAGUACUAGAUUUUUUCGACAACAUAUGUUUAACUGCCUGACUACUUCGAAUAGCUGGAAUAAUCACAACUCUUUUAAAUGAUAACUUGAGGAUUAGGUUAAUGUAUUUGUUGAUUUCUUUCUGGUUUCGUUGGACUUCAAUAUUGUUUUUGAUGACUUCCGAUUUCUUUAAUUGAUGUUAGGCACAAUAUUCAGUGGGUUUCAACUGAAGUAUUAUCUACAGUUAUGAAAUCCAUGGGUUUCCCAUACUAGAAACUCUGACUGUAAAUAAGUAAGUAUGAAAAUCGUAGCAGUUAAUUAGGUCAAUCUAGGUCUUAGAAUUACUUCAAUCGUUUGCAUUUGCUGUUCACCUACUGUCAAGUAAGUAAGGUUUUGUAAAGUCGAAAACACGAUAGAAAAUAGUAACUUGAUGGUUAAGGACGUUGUACAUUUCUAAGGAAUAUCAAGCAGUCAGUUUUUUCACUAUCCAGGCUUUAUUUGAGUCCGCCAUAAUGUUCUCGCUUACGGCUCAUAGUCACUUAUUACGACGUGUUUAACUUCCCUUGUCCAAGUGCUAAUGUGUGAUUAUAAAUAUGUAUCCCAUAUGUUUCACAGACAUACUGUAGUUGUGUUACUAAAACUUAUAAGAUAUUUAGGACACCAAUACAAAACGCUCUGGUAAAUGUCUACAGACUACCUACUUCAUCCUACAAUAUCAUAAAUGAGGCAUUGUUAGGCAUGAUUUACAAAUGACCAACCAACAGCGGAUUAAAGACUGCCAAAAUGAAGAUUAAGGCUAGGUUAAACAGUUGAAAUGUUAAGAACUAACCAGAACAAGUUGGGGAAUAUAAAUCGCGUAACAGUAGUUCCGGAUUUAAAAGAGGUUAUAUUUGGUAGUGCCAGUGCGGCUAGUUCUGAUCCAUAUCAUUCAACGUCCCUGAAUAUGUACCAGUGAUCGUGCCGACUUCGGUCGGUAAAUUUUCACUUCCUGACGUGACUAUCCAAGUUAUCAACUGUAUGGGCUGCCAUCGUGUCUUCGUUUGCCCGCGUUCAGCUUUCGCACAAACUGUUCUUAGUAAUCAUUGCGGAUGGAGAUAGUGACUCAGCAGAUGUAGAGCAUGUCUUAGCCACACUGAGUCGAUGAAGGUUCGUUGAUUCAUCAGUUAACUUUCUGAUCAUACUUAUUACUAUAUCACUUGAAGGUUGCUAGUAGCAAUGUUUCGAAAACCCCUAUAAAUAUUUUCACUAGUUAAUGAAUUUCUACUUCGUUACAUUACAACUGGUAUCCGAGAUAUGACGUUUAAAAUGAACGGUUAGUGAAGGGCAAACUACUGAAGUUCUCGCCUUCAGUCACUUCUCAAUUCACCACAUGUUUGGGAAUCAUAAAAGAAAAAUAUUCAACCCUAAAUCCUCUGAAUGUUUUAUGUAAGAUUUGAUUGUGUUAGGUGCUUGUUUAGUGGCUUUCAUAUUUAUAAAUCAUGAGAAUUUUAACAGAUCACGUAGUCCUUUGGUUUUGACGAGAUCAUAGGUUGAAUCUAAAUUAUCUGACCCAGCGGUGUAUUCUGUUUUUAGGGGAGAUCAGUCUUGUACACUGUCCAGACGAUGCUCUACCUACUUCUUGGACAGCCGACUAUCGCUAUCUCGUCACUGGCUUUAGGCUUAGUAUCUGUAUCUUGUAAACCAGUUAUACUAAUGGGUUGUGUAGCAUUUGUGGCCCUUUGGGUCCUCAUUAAAAGUGUCUCCACAGAAAGGAAAAAGUCAUCCUGUUUUGACUGCGUGUUUUUAUGAUAUAGUAAAGAGCAGAUACAUAGUCUGUCUUGGCAAUCAGUUAUCAGAAACAAAAAGAAUUGGUUUCUCCAUUACUCGCUACGAUCUUCUUUAAAGUUACCACUCACUCCUUUUGAAUAUUUAAAAUUUCGUUGUAAGACGGCACUUUUUGUAUUAGAAAAGUGGUCUAAACUUUGUGAACUACAAAAAACCAUGUUGCAUAACUUUAUAGUUAGUAUGUGUAUGAUAAAUACUAUGCUUGAGUACCAGCGAAUGAAAACGGUACGAAACAGUUGAGCUUAGGUGAAUGCACUAUGGAUUUGUAUACUAAAACCUAGCUUGUCAAAGGUUCGGGAUGUGCCCCCCCAAGAAUACCACAUGCUUCUGUUUGGGCACUCGAGCUGUAUCUCAACCCUCACAUAUCUGUUUGAUGUCUCAUUGCACCAAUGUUCGUGUGUUUAAAUAAAUAAAGUAUUUUAGUGACUUAGGUGUUUCGGUUGCUUUUCAACCCCAAUAAUCGUUACACUAUUAAAUCGACUCAUCCUAUUUUCGUUACGUUAGUCUACUUUACCAUCGUUUGACUUUUGGAUUGUAUCUUAACAUUUUAGCUAAGACUAGUUCCGUUGUUGUACGCAUUCUUUAAAUUCUGAUUUUCAACAUAAAAAUGCGGCUAAUAUGAUUUUCAUUCAAACUCCGACGGGCUAAACGUUAACGUUAUAUUAAACAGCAAUAAUUCGUUAUCUCUUCAAUUAUUAAAAGAAAUUUUUACGGUAAGUGUUUUUUUACAAAUUUUGGCUCACAUUCUAUGUAUUAAAGGUAAUUCAAUGUAACUUAUUUCGUCAAUAUGUGGAAUAACAAGUUUAUGUAAUGUGUUUUCAGCACACAAAAAUACUAUUCAACGUUGAAUUUGUUAAUCUGAUCCCAUCCACUAAAGUAGCAGCGUUUUUACAGUGAUUAGUAUAAAUUCACUCAAGUUGGAGACCAGAUCAAAUUAAGUUUAAUAUUUUACGUAGCUACCGUCCUAUUUUAGAUAAUUAGGCGAAUGUACUGUCAGUGUUAGUGUUACUUUAUUGGGUAGUCUAAUGACGAUAUCUGGAUAGGUAUUAAUGUCUCAUUCGUCAUACUUCCCGGUAAGCUUUAAGGUCAGACAACACUUCUGGCCAUCUUUUUUUUGCUGGGCUAUGCCAAGUGUCGGUAGUAUAGUGAUACUAAGGAAACUCACUUCGACCCCAUUCUCGCUCACUGCUUUAAUCUUCAUAAAAAUGGUAUUUUAUUUCAAUUUAAGUGUUACCGUCUGUUUAUCGUGGAUUUUGUGCUGUCAAUACUGAAUCAAGUUAAAUUCUUUACAGUAUCUUUUUUGGCAUAGAAAAAUCAAUUUCUUAAACAAUUUAUUGGAUCAAUAAAAUAUGCAACCACAUUGGCCUAUCAUUGCAGCGAUGUCAGGUCACCCGACUAUUGCUAAUGGCUCAGCAAUAUCCAUUGACCGUCACAUUUCUGGUCCGAUGGAUUCUAGCAGUAUGCUUAUUGGUGCACUUACCCCUGGUUAUGUACGACCGACUCUCUCUUCCAAUGUUUUACCUGGUUCCUCAAUCCCUUCAGCACCUAGUGGAUUCAGUCCUCAUCAGAGUUUGGCUUACCCUUUCCCUCAUUCAUUCUCUGUUGGUGCCAACCAGUCACUUGAACCUGCUAUUACUGGGCGUCAAUUUCCCAAUGCUUCAUUAAAUCCCUCUUACCAUCUACAACAGUUCCAACAAUCGGCUUCCCAGCCCUUACCCUUGCCUCAUCCACCUGUUCCAUAUGGUCAGUCGUUAUCUUACUUAGCACCUUCCCUAGUAACAGCUAUGGGUAAUGGCAACCUUGGUCACAUACAUCAAACUUAUACAAAUGUACCAUCACAGGCACCGAUGGCAGUUAAUAUGACAGCGCAUUGCCGUACAUUUGAUUCUUUAAAACAUUUUGGUUCUGUCCCUCAAACACAGCAUGGUCGUCGGAAUAAAUCAACUGUCACUUCCAAGACCAAUUUAUAUAUAAGUGGACUAAGUGAAUCUGAUACAGAUGAUACAGUUCGGUCACUUGUUGAAAAUAUUGUUCAGCCAAAGUCUUGCAAAGCAAUGGUUGUCAACGGAAGAUGCAGAGGUUCUGGUUUUAUUGAUUGCGCUUCUGAAGAGGAUGCAGAAAAAGCAAAAGCACAUAUUUUAGAAUGUGCCAGAACUAACGGACGCAAAUUAUCAGUAAAGUAUGCAUAUGAAAAUGAGAAAGAUGCUCUUAAUGUUUAUGUACGCAAUCUUCCACGUGAAGGUUUUUCAAAAGAGAUGUUGGAAAGUUUGUUUCAGAAAUUUGGUCAUGUUACGUCUGUUAAACUUCUUGAAACAGUCACAGGAUUUACAGGGAUUGGCUUCGUUCGUUUUGCCACAGCCGAACAAGCGGAAAAAGCAGUUGAACAAAUGAAUGAGGCAAAACACAUUGUUCGAGGUGGGGAUAAACCCAUAACUUGUAAACUGGCUGAUAAAGCAGAUCCUAGACGACGUAAUGCUGCUCCUAAUGCACAAGCGUUUGUUGCCGCUGCUGGAUUACAUCCACAAAUACCUGUUGCUAAUCAUUUAACGCGUACAGCUCAAGGUCUCUCUAAUCUCGCUUCUCUUCAAGCUUUAGGUCAAGCUCAACAAUCUACCUUUACUCCUCAAUUUCCUUUAACUGCACAGUUAGUGCAACCUUUGCAUCAAACUCCUGUUGUUGUUCCAAAUAUGCAUUCAUCUUCAAUAUCCUCACAAAACCGUAAUAUUUUAUUGCCAUCAACACUAUUGCAGAAUGGUCCAUGUGGUGGUAAUACAGCUGUCCCAGUUUCAUUCCCUUCCAUUGGAACGAAUGGGGGUAAUGGUCAGUCGACUAGUUCUACUAGUUCUUAUAGAGCUAACUUGGUUGGGAUACACCAGGGUCAAAUGCCUUCUGGAGCUCAACCCAACCAGGCAACUGCAAUUGUUGCUGGAUAUGCUGAUUAUCCCUUCAGUCGUUCCAAAUCAUGUGUCAAUGUUCAAUCUGGAAACUUCUCAGCUAACAAUCUCCCUGUUUAUACAGCGAAUGGUAACUCUUCUCAGUCUACUCAUAGUGCUUUUCAAUCAGUUGCAUUUGGAACUCCUACAACUUCUAAUUAUCAGGGAGGAUUAUCGUAUGUUCAUCAUCAACAACAGUCACAACCAACACCUAGUGUUCCUGCAGCGGCGGUUGCAAACAAUUCUCAAAUGGUUAUUUUGGCUCAGACCCCUAUUAAUUGUCUUUAUCAAUCAUCAAAUGGAUCUACAUCAGCCGCUUAUCCAACAGGUAUCUCAUCGACUAGUGUUCACCAGAAGCAACCACUUCUUUCCUCUAAUAACACUCCUACAGUUUGUCAGGUGCAAAAUGUACCAUGUAAUUCGUGUCCAGUUUCAGAAGCAACUACAAAUCUAAAUCCUGUUGGUUUAAUUACCUCUGAAUUUCAAAUGAUGAAUUUUGGUUCAAAUAGCAUAACUAACGUUUCAUCGUCUCAUUCAAAUUUGGUGACUGAUGUUUCUUGUGAAACACAAGAGUGGUCAAAUGUUGGCAACCAAAAAAUAUGUUCUUUGAAUUCUGUCAACACUUCAGAAAGUGAUGUAGCUUAUCAAUCACCAUCUGUCCUUCAAAAUUCACAUGAGUUAACAACUUCAAGCGAUGGGAAUGUUGGCUAUACUGCUACUACUACUCAAAAUACUAUUACUGUGUCUAAUACAGUAGUAGAGCAAAAUGAUACUCAAUGUUACACAAAUCCUGUGCAAGAAAAAAUUAGUUCUUCAGAUUUUAAUAACUUAUCGAGUUUGUCCAAUGAAGAAUUUAAUGUAGUAACUUCACUUAAUCCUUCAAAUCAUUCUUCUGUCCCAAAUUCAGCUUAUUUAACGGGGAACCAUCAUUUCUCUUCGUCUAAUCUAGAAGUUAAUGGUUCAUCGAAUUCUACUGACUGUCAGUCGAGUGCUUUGUCAUCGCAAAGAAAAAAUAAAAUUACGGACAAACAUCGAGAUUCAUCAUCGUCAAAUUCAACCGUUUGUAGUCGUCAUUGCAAUGAGGUGGUCAAUUUAAAUGAUACCAAAUCAGCAUCAUCAUCAUCAUCUAUACAACAUUUGAAUAGACGAAAGAAAAAUCCUUAUUCAUCUAGUAUUAAUAGUCAUAAACAGCAUUCAAGAUCUCCAUCAAAGAAAAAGAGUUCACCUGUCAGCAGUAGUACCGAGGUUCGUAUGCCAACUAGUUGCACAAUUUUGAACCCAUCGUCUCCUUAAGUAGAGACAUAACUUACGUCUAUAUUGUUUUUUUUAAACAAAAAAUCCCCACACACAGUUGUCGAUCAGUUAAAAUGGAUUUACAAUUUACAUGCGUGGCCAAUUCUCGCAUUCAACACUAAAUUUUUGUUUUAGGUACCAAACGAAAGUGUACAUAUAUCUCACCCUUUUUUUAAACCACUCUGUAAAUGAUUUUACAAUCAAUGUUGUGUUUUGUGAUUUCUUCCUCCCUUCCCACCUUUCUGUCGUUUUAUUCCUUCAUACUUCUCUCUUCUUCUUAGGACACUGUAUCACUUUUCUAUUAGGGUCGACAGAUUAUUGUGUGUAUGUUUGUAUGAUGUGAGGGAUGUUCAGAAAAAGAAACGUUGGAAAAAUAAUGCUCAACUAGGAAUCAGUCCAACUAUUUGACCAAAUAAUCAAUUUAGAAAACUGAAGGUUAUUUGUGUAUCUUGCUUAGUUUAUGAAGAAGAAAAAAACAAUUUCGCACACAUUUUCUUUGUACUUUCGGUCGAAAUAUCAGCUCUUUUCUUAAUUUUGUGUGAAGUGCUGCAAAACAAUGUCCAAGGUAACAGUUGAAGGGGUUGUGUGACAAUAUUAUAAGUUUUUUUAACAAAAAUGUUCGCUGCUGACUUUAUUAACUUUCUUCUGUUCUCUUGUUGCAAGAAAUUUUCAAUGAGUUUUUUUCAAAUAUGGUCGUUCAACAAGAGGCGUGUCUCAUCGACAUGCCAAAUUCCUAUUUAAAGUUUAGGCUUACUAAUCGUGUCUAACAUGUGUAUUCAGUUCCACCAAUGAUACGUAGAUCAGAAUUGCCAUAAUACUUUGAAUAGAUAAGUAGUUCACCGAAUACAUUCAUUUGAAA